AUGCUUUCAAUACUUGUUACGGAAACAAAUGCAGAUUCAAAAUUAAUUGAUGAAGUAAAAUCUCUUAGUCCUAUGGAAUUAAAGGACUCAGCACUAGGAUGUCCAAUUCCAGUUGUUGGAGCAGCCUGCCCAGAAUCAAAUGCCCUUUAUUAUUUUAAAUGUUGUGGAAAAUUACUUGACUCAUGUUGUUUUAGACUUCAAGAUUGGGUUAUUGUUCUCUUACUUGUUAUGGCUGUCUUAACUGUUUUGGCAAUCGUCUUUAAUAUCAUUAGAUGUAUCUUCUGUAUGGGUUAG